CACAACAACAGCCGGCAGCAUAGACUGUAGAGAGCGUACAGAGCACGGACACUCAUCUGCUGCCUGGCUUUGCAAAGUACUCACCAGCGCUUUACCUCUAGCUUAAAAUAAAAAGAAGACAAAAAAAAAAAAAAAAAACCCUCUUUCUCCCACUUUCACACAGCUCACAGCGCAUGCUCAGACUAACCGUCGGCGCAUUUGUUUUAUUCAAGAACUCAGAGUCACUGAACAGUUUUAAAGAUGACCACUUCAUGGAGUGAUAGACUGCAGAACUAUGCAGACCUGCCUGCCAACAUGGAUGGCCUGAUGAUGAAAAAGUACAGGAGGGAACCUUACCACAGAGUCUUUGUCAACAGAAGCUUGGCAAUGGAGAAGAUUAAAUGCUUUGGCUUUGAUAUGGAUUACACUUUAGCAGUGUAUAAAUCACCUGAAUAUGAGUCGUUAGGAUUUGAGCUGACGGUAGAACGGCUGGUUUCCAUUGGUUAUCCACAGGAACUGCUCAGCUUUGUCUACGAUCCAUCAUUUCCCACCAGGGGCCUUGUGUUUGAUACCAUGUAUGGAAACCUUCUGAAGGUUGAUGCUUACGGUAAUAUCCUGGUUUGUGUCCAUGGGUUCAACUUUCUUCGUGGCCCUGACAUCCGUGAACGGUACCCAAACAAGUUUAUUCAGAGGGAUGACACAGAGCGUUUUUAUAUCCUUAACACACUCUUCAACCUGCCAGAAACCUACCUCUUUGCUUGCCUUGUGGAUUUCUUCUCCAACUGUGACAGAUAUACAAGCUGUGAAACUGGCUUCAAAGAUGGCGACCUCUUCAUGUCCUAUAAGAGCAUGUUCCAGGAUGUCCGAGAUGCCGUCGACUGGGUCCACUUCAGGGGAACGUUGAAGGAGAAGACUGUGGAGAACUUGGAGAAGUACGUAGUGAAAGAUGGAAAGCUGCCUCUUCUUCUUAGCCGAAUGAAUGAGGUGGCCAAAGUUUUCUUGGCUACUAAUAGUGACUACAAAUACACUGAUAAAAUCAUGACUUACCUGUUUGACUUCCCCCAUGGUCCAAAGCCUGGUACCCCCCACCGGCCCUGGCAGUCCUACUUUGAUCUGAUCCUGGUAGAUGCCAGGAAACCGCUGUUCUUCGGGGAGGGAACUGUGCUCAGACAAGUAGACACGACAACAGGACGACUAAAGAUAGGAACCUACACAGGACCUCUGCAACAUGGCAUAGUGUACUCAGGAGGCUCCUCAGACAUUGUGUGUGACUUGCUUGGAGCCAAAGGAAAGGACAUAGUGUACAUUGGGGACCAUAUCUUUGGGGACAUUCUCAAGUCCAAGAAGCGUCAAGGCUGGAGAACGUUCCUGGUUAUACCGGAGCUGGCCCAGGAGCUGCAUGUUUGGACCGACAAGAGCUCGUUAUUCGAGGAACUGCAAAGUCUGGAUGUUUUCCUGGCAGAACUUUACAAACAUCUGGACAGCAGCAGUAAUGAGCGGCCAGACAUUAGCACUAUUCAGAGAAGAGUCAAGAAAGUGACCCAUGACAUGGACAUGUGCUACGGCAUGAUGGGAAGCCUUUUCCGCAGUGGGUCCAGACAGACUCUGUUUGCCUCCCAAGUGAUGCGAUACGCUGACCUGUAUGCCGCCUCCUUCAUUAACCUGUUGUAUUACCCCUUCAGCUACCUCUUCAGAGCUGCACAUGUACUGAUGCCCCACGAGUCGACGGUCGAACACACCCAUGUGGACAUGGAUACAGAGUCGCCACUGGCCACGCGCAACCGCACCCACUGCAGCGACUGUAAGGACCUGGAGUGCAAACGCAACCAGCUUACCCGCUCCUUCAGCGAGAUCAAACCUCCCAACUUGUUCCCUCAGACUCCCCAGGAGAUUACUCACUGCCACGAUGAGGAUGAUGAUGAGGAGGAGGAAGAAGAGGAGGAAGAGUAAUAAUCUGGACCUGCAGAGAUGAACCGUGCUCCUGUUCCUGUCGCCUUAUGUUUCCCAGUAUAGCGAUCGCUCUAAAAGCGAGGCAGGAAGUUAAAAGAUCUCCAGUGUGUUUGUGUGUAAAUAUAUAUGUAAAUAUAUAUUUACUGUACAUGUCAAAUACUGUAUGCACACAAACACACACACACACAACACACAAACACACACACACACUGGAGGUUUCUGAGGAAGUAUAACGGACCAGUAGCAGAGGAGAUCAUACGACUGUCAGAAGACCACAUGCAUGCUCGGUCCUCAAAACAAAGAGCUCACAUCUGCAAUCAUCAAACACUAAAUUUCAUCAUCUUUUCUAAACUUUUCAGACCUGCUUGUGCACUGAAAUGGUUGUACUCGUGUUUAUAAUUUGAUCUAUCAGAUGUGGUCAUUAUACUGUCACUUUAACUUUAACAAGCUAACACAUCAAAUGAAAACAAACUUCUGUGUCAGAGCAAAACAUGUUUCACAUGUUGAAGCAAAGAGGUUUUUUAUGCUAUGUGGGAGCAACUUUUAGUUUUUUAUCUGUUCUGCUGUUUUUCUGCUCAUGAUAAUGUUGUAACACGUAUGUCGGAGUGAGUAGUCGGCUCAGACUGUAGCACCUAACUGAUGGUAAGGAUCUGUUGGAUUUAAUUAACUAGCAAAAAGGACUGAAGCACAAGUUGGCAUCAACCUUAUCAACAUGUUGGGGGAUAAUUUGGUUGGGAGUUUGUGUCAUUUUAAAUAAGUGAGGCAGUUGAGCAAAUUUUUUCUUACCAAGCAACAACAAGAACAAAGUACUGUAGCUGUAUUUUAUCUUUUAGUCGCCAUGGCAACCUUAACAUACAGUAGUUGGAGUGUAAAUGAGUAUAUUGAAAGUUGUUCUUGCUUUGCACACGUUGACAGUUUGAGGCCACAAAUUUUUUCAGCUCAGUUUUGGUCUUUUUUUAAAAGAGUGUUGGCGAUGGAGGGGUUUCCUCAGCUGAGCUUCUUAAAGAUGUGUAAAUUAAUUUUUGACAGGUAUUCUGUAAGAGCACGAAAAUGCAAAGACAUUAAGCUUCUUGUGACAACUGGUUUCAGAGCUACCUUUAGUUUCCUGUUUAUCUUCUUAGUUUUAGGAUGUUUUGAAAAGUAACUGAAGCAGAGAUACCAGCUGCAUCCAUGAUAGCAAACAUGCUGACAGUGUUCAUUUAUUCCUCCGUUUGCCUCUGAACACUGUGAGCUGAUCACUUCAUUAUACUGAAGAGUCUGGCUUUUUGCAUUUACUUUGAUCUUUCUAACAAAAGAAGUUUAAAACUGACAACAUUUUUUAAAAAUUAAAAAAAAAAAAAAAAAAAAAAAAGUUGUUCCAGUGUGUAACAUUUAGGUAUGCCGAACUGGCACAAAUACAGCCUCUUUCAAUAGUGUUGAAUUUUGAAGACGAUUUGUGUUUUUUGUUGCCACAGAAAGGUGGAUUUGUAUCUACAAGCGGCGGUGAUCCUUCCCACACUCCUCAGCCUAAAACUGACCGACUAAACACUGACUACAGAAGGACUUUAACCAGCUUUGCAGCCUUUGCAGUUUCUCCUUUUUGCUUGAAGUAUUUGGCUCAAUGCAUUCUUCGGUUUUGCCACUAGGUGUCACUAAAUCAUACACACUGGACUUUUGAUUUUUAUUAAUAAAAGAGAAAAAAAUUAGAUACUUAAACUUUGAUUCUAAACAAUUCUGAUUAGUGCAUUUUUAUUUGUGCAGGAACUACAUAUUUUCAGUUUAUGCAAAAAAAAGGUAGAAUUGGCAUCAGUGUUAACGAUUUGGGUCCCAACAAUAGAAGGAACAUGCCGUCUACUUUUUGCAUAAUUUUUGGUUUGGCUUGAAGUGGACUGCAGAGAAGUUUCUAUUUAUCUGCAGAUUUCUGUGAUGAGUCUUCAGAAAGAUCUUUGAUAUUUAAAAAGUAUAUUAACUGUUUUUCUUUUCUGUAUUUUAACAUUUGUAUUCUUUUCUAAUUUUUGUUUUUGUUUGACCUAGAAGAACUGGAUAUGCUACACGAGGCAGCUGCAUCGCUAGUUAGUUAUAGCUAACUGCCUGCAAAACUUGCAUGUACAAAUAAUAUCCGCUCUGCCGCGUUUAUUUUAGCAUCUGUAUUACUUCUAUGUGAUUUUCAGCAUUUUAAAAGUUUUUUUUUUUUUUUUUUUACAUUUGUCAGUGUAGUUUACACUAAGAAAAAACUGCAAACCUGUACAAAAUAAAGAAAUCUUAAAAGUGAAGGGAAAUGUGAAUAGCAUGUUAAGUACUAGAACUAAAAUGUUAAUUGUGAUCAGCACCAUGAGGUUCUUAUUUUUCUAAGCUAGGGUUUUUAAAUGGUCUUGGUUUACAGAAGUGUAAAUAGACCUUUUCAUUUCCUUUUCUUAUCUUUUUUCCAAAAUGACUUGUUUUGUUCAUUUUUAUACAGAAGUCUGUCACUCAGACUUUACUUCUUACUAAAACUGGUGAGAACAUUUAAAUUCUUUAGAAGUUUAUUAUCCAUUGCUGUGGUGUCCAGAAUGCAAAUGCAUUGACGAAAAAACAAAAAAAAACGAAGCAACAUUUAAUUUUCUAAACUGUAAUGAUGUUUGUUUUUAUUCUUAUCAAGAUGUUUCUUUGGACAGUGUUUUGUUUCUUUGUUUCCAGAAUUUUUUCUUCAGAUUGUACAUCAAAGCAAAUUCCAUGAAAAUCUAGAAAAUAAAGAUAGUUUGUAAUA